ACAAGCUGCCCAAUCAGCUUGUUCUGUUUAGUGACACAUACAGUCUCUUCUGCUGCAUCCAACUCCGGUCCAAAGGAAACCCAUCUGAGGCUCCAUCUGUUGUUUCAGAGGUAGAGCAGAGAGGAAGAGGAAGGGAGGGGCGACGCUCCAUAUCACCAUCCUGACCACAAAUACAAACAUUCACUGAAGCUCGAGCUCAGGCUGGGAUGUACAGACUGAAUCCUGACUGCUGGGUUGGGUCGCCCAGGCCUCAUCUGUGUCUCAUUCCUCAACACCAGGGGAGCCUCGCUUCAAGCCUCCCAGGCCACCAAGAGGAAGAGGAGGAAGAAGAGGUGGAGGACCACCCUGCUGUUUGUUGCUACACUACAGGUUGUGCUGACAUCAUCGCUCAGGCUGCUGAUGGUCAGUGGUCCACCCCUGAACUUCCCAUCUACUCAGGGAUCCCCAGCAGCUCCGGCCUGGCUGGGCGGUGUCCUGCUUCUUUGUCUCCACAACAGCCAAUAACAAUGCUCCAUGCUGCCGGAGGAGACACAUCACAGCAUGCCAUUGGUGGUCACUGCUGGGAGGGUCCGGGGACGGAGACCCAGGGAUGUGUAUGUGUUUGUGGGGAGAGGGGACCAGAGGGAUUGGGUCCCUGCUGGCCUGGAUCUCCAUACAUCUAUUAUGGAGUGAGGAGGAAUGUGGUGGUCGGAGUGGAGGUGGUGGAGGAGGUUGCUGUUGAAGAAGACACUCUAGAAGUAAUAACAGAGGAAAUAUACACAGAUGACCUGCUGGAUUCUGACCUGCUGCAAGAAGACCAGCUGUACCCAACAUGAGCCCCACGUAACUUUCAGAGUGUCCUGUCUGACUGUAUAUACUAUAAACAAUGUAUUAUAUAUAGCCUAUCUGUCCUAGCAUUAUGUGUAUGUUGGU